CUGGGAAUUUUCAGUCAUUUAGCGCUUAAGUUAUUAAUAAAAAUGAGUUAGAGGGGUUUGGGCAGGAGGAUGGCAGAAAGUGGGAACAGAGUUAAAGUAAAAAGUAAAAAUGUCGGGCCAGCUUGGGGUGAAAGAACACUGGAAACCUCUACCAAUGCCCGCAGUGCAAAACAUCUCUACUUGGCGGACGCAGAAUAUUAAGAAUAUUAAGUACGAAUUCAACACCACUUUAUGACUUCCGUAGCUGCAGGUUAAGACUUCUGUAGUUUGAGUGUUUUCUUCACUCUAUUCCGAUUACAAUGUCUAAAACAGUCCAAAAUUCCCUUCACACUCCUCUCUUAAAAUGUUUUUUGAAACUGCAAUAAAAGAAUAAUCCGGAUUGCCACAGCUGUAAUUCGGGUGAUGAAGACAUUUGAAGUAUGUUGAAAUCUGUCUUUCCCUAUGACUUGCUUGAGAAGUUUUGACUUUCGAUUUUAUUUCUAUGUAAAAUUUAUUUGCCGCCAUGUUCCAAAACUUCUGUUUCUUCUGGCCGUAAGUAAAAACAUUGUUCUUACACUUGAAUUAUGUGCGUACCAGAGACUACUCCUGAAGUCUUCAUGUAUACGGGAAUGUUGAAGUUUUUCACGGAAGGCAGUAGUAGCAGUAGUGUGAUUCUCGUCACUUUCUCUUAUCAUAACGGCAUUGAAAUAGAAAACAGAAUAUCCAAGUUUUCAAUAUUUCUACAACAGAAACCAUAGUUGUCCGUUUCAUUCGUAUACAGGGCAACAAUACAGUUCCGGACUUGAACAUAACCUGGCAAAUUGUGGACCUGGACACAAACUGGGUAGAUUAUGGAGAGCGACUUAACCAUUAAAAAAUUAUUUUGAAAGAAAUUCGUGAAACUUUUGAAUUUAUUAUAUGACCUCUCUCUUACCACUAGGAGAAUAGAUGUCAAACCAAGGCAUUCAUUUCUGCUAAGCUGACAUAAUGAAGCGGGGUGUUAUUCCUGCCUCCUUAAAACCCUUAAAUGAAAUUCAAAAUGCACACUACUAUUUGAAUAUCUUUAUACUGUAGUUAUAAAACAGGAAGGGAGCUCGGAAAUAAACGAUUUCAAGUGAAGUGAGUUUACUCUAAUCGUACUAUUUUAGUCGUAUUUUUCUUAUUUUUCUCACUUCCUUUUACAUCAUCUUCUCACUCAGUCGGGUACAGGGUCACGUACUUGCCAUGUCAACAUUCAGAAUCUAUAACGUUCCUAAAGAAUAAAACUUAAUUGACGAUGAUUUGUUCUUCUCUUCAAGACUUACUAAUAUAUGUAACUUCUCAUUCUUUCAGUCUCGUCUCCCAGGAUCCAGCAGAAAUGUACAUCAUAACAGCUAUGAUGAUUGUGACUACGCUUCCUGGAAUAAUUGUUAGCAAUCUUCACCCGACCGAAAUAGUUGUAUCCAUGGAUGAUGAAAGUGUCCAGAAGAUCACAGAAAGCUUCACCGGAGACAGUCUUCAGUUUCUUUACAAUCAACAUUACGAAGAUACGGUGACCAAAUUGGUAAAAUCGCUUCCAAAGAACACUUCUGGACACAUGAGUCUCAUAAACGACGGAAGAGCAGAAACUCUGAAGCAAAUGUUUGAAUUGUCUACCACCGCCACCAUCUUAGUCCUUCUGGAGACGCCGAGCAAUGUGAUCAACAUUUUCAUCAAGAUAAAAGAAAAAAUGCUGAAAUGUCACAAAGUUCAGUGGCUCUUGAUAAUGGAAGGGAAAGAGGCAACGCAGAGGAUGGACGAUCUUGAGUAUCUGGUACCAGAAGGAACUCAUGUCACAAUACUUAUAAAGGAUUCAAACGGAUCCUUAAAAGCCUUUUUGCCUUUCGUAGACACACAUGGAAUAACAAGAUUCAUGAUAGAUGAUAAGGGUUUGUGGGGCCAAUCGCUUAGAAAUCAACUCUUCAAGACACGAUCUGAACAUUAUAGCCUAAACGGACGCCAAUUAACCGUCGUUGUCAUGCCCUUACCAUCGAGUGUCAAUUUGGGAAAAAUGCUCUCUGACGGAAGAGUGGAGGUUACUGGCGGUGUAGAGAUUAAUAUCAUAAAUAAUUUAAGUUCAACUUUAAAUUUCACGUACAAGGCUUACCUUUCCCCGGAUAAGAAUUAUGGACAAUUUCUGCCGAAUGGAACAGCCACAGGAAUUAUUGGGAGCUUAGCCAGUCGAAAAUUUACUUUCGGUUGUGCAGCACUAAGUAUAUCACAGGAGCGAGUAACUGUUGUUGACUUCACUGCCCCCACCGUGUUUUCCAGAUACAUGCUCUUUUCAAGGUUUCCAGAGAGGAAAAACACAGCAUUUGCCGUCCUUAAUGCCUACCAGUUUCAGGUUUGGGUUUUUCUUUCUGCCACAGUUCUGCUCAUUGGACCAAUCACAUUUUUGGUCUCGCUUGUAAUCAGAAAGUACCUGGAAAAUGAUACUGUAAAGAGUAUAGAGUGGUACUCUCUCAAUAUGUUCCGCAGUAUCGUCAAUCAAGGGAACGACAUUGAAACUGAAUCAUGGUCUUUAAGGUUCAUUCUUUUCGUCUGGUUUGGCGUCUGCCUCGUAUUUUCAGCUCUGUACUCGGGAGUGCUGACGGCGGUGCUGGCGGUUCCUUCCUACGAGACUCCCAUCGAUUCCCUGAGUGACCUUCCCAGAGCCACCAAGGAUGGAUUCACCAUCGGCUUGUUGGGAGGCAGCAGUUAUGAGGUCCUUUUUAAGAGUGCAAAGGAUGGCCUUUACAAGCAAACUUGGGAUCUCAUGGAUCAUAAAGAUCGUUCGAAGAGCUUUGUCAGUGGAAUGGACGAAGGAAUGAAAAGAGUUCUUGAAAGAAAAUUUGUGUUCGUUGCUGGCGAAGUUUUCAUGUCAUUAUAUUUAAGAAAGUAUGGAUAUGGGCGGUUCUACUUUGGACGAGAGAGGUUCUUUCCCGGUUACGUUGGCUUCGCCUUUCAGAUGGGAUCCCCCAUCACACCAGUCUUCACACAUUUAGGAGCUUCGUCCGGCAGCCAGGUAUUCAGCCCAAUUGAAGGGGAAGACGGUCAGGUACUUGGAUUUCGUCAUGCAGCAACUGACCACCACAACGACAUUAACCAACAACCAGAGAUGAGCUACAGAGGAAGAAAUGGACAAGCAAGAAAAGAAAAUAAGGAAAUAUGGAGAUGCUACAUCAGAAGCAACCCAGCGGAGAUAGGAUAUAGAAGAAUGAGAGGAAUGAGAGGAAUAACACACCCAAAACAGAGCAGAGGCUGGCAGACCAAAGUAGCUUCGUCUGGCAGCCAGGUAUUCAGCCCAAUUGAAGGGGAAGAUGGUCAUGUACUUGGAGGUCGUCAUGCAGCAACUGACCACCACAACGACAGUAACCAACAACCAGAGACUCUCGCUACAGAAGUAAACCAGAGGAAGAAAUGA